UGUGACAAAUUGAGCAUCCGACCUAACUACACGUAUCUAUGGCUGGAUAUGGUAAGAGGAGCUGGGGCUGAUUGAAUGAGACUGGAAUUUCACUGCACAGCUGCUGGCCCCUCUUGUGUGCUCUUUGUGCAGUUCAUUAUGUAAUAAGGACACUCCCUCCACUCCCCCCACCACUCCACUACUCCAUUCAUGUGUAGGCUCUUUCUACCAGCGUGCACUUUUCAAUCCAGCAAAAGAGGUGACUACUCAUCACCACACCACAUAAUCACUACUCGUCAUGGCAACCACGACAACCCAGGCUGGCUAUGAAGGUGACUACGUGCAAAGAUUUCAGUUCUUCCUCCAGCAUUCGGGGGAACACAUAGCCAUGCGAGAGUUCAUGGACAAAGUUCUCCCUGGUGAAUUUGCAAGAAUUGGAGAGGGGAAAUCUGACCUGAACUUUCUUGGUGUUGGAAGUGGCCAAGGUGAAAUGGACUCUCACAUGCUGGGUAUUCUGCAGUCGAAGUUUCCCAAGACUCCAAUCAGCGCUCACAUUGUGGAACCAAGCAAAGCACUCAUUGAAAACUUUAAAGCUUCAGUGGCUAAGGCCUCCAACCUCCAAAAGAUUCCAUUCACCUGGAAUAAUGUAUCAUGCGCUGAAUAUGAAAAACAAGUUAAGGACACCAGAGACACAACAAGAUUUGACUUCAUGAACAUGAUUCAGAUGCUAUACUACAUGGACGAUUAUGUUGCUGUCAUCAAGUUUUUCCACGGCCUGUUGAGAGAGAAGGGAAGACUCAUGAUCAUUCAUGAAGCAGCUGGCAGUGGCUGGGGUACUCUGUGGAGCACCUUCACACAGGAUCUCUGCACCAAGUCGGUCACCAAGUACAUUUCUGAUGCCGACAUCAAAGGCGAGCUGGACAAGAUGGGUCUGAAGUACGAGGAGCACAGCAUCCCCAACACCAUGGACAUCACCGAGUGCUUCGUCCAGGGCAGCAAACUGGGAGCGAUGCUGCUGGACUUCAUGACUGACCAGGAUAGCUUUGAAAAGGCCUUCAGCCCAGAGAUGAAAGCCAAGAUUCUGGACAUGCUCCGCAACAAGUGCUGCACAGAGAAGGACGGCCGUCUGCUGUUCAACUGCAGCCUGACUUGUCUGCUCGUACACGCUUAACUCACACAUUCUCUGUUCUGCCCCACAUACUGUAAUACUGUUAGCUGUAGAUGGCAGACAUGCAUGUUAUGUGUAGUUAACCCACACACUCUCUGUCUUACCACACAAUACUGU